UUGCGAACAAAAGUGCCGCAAACAGUUCAAAAAAUAAUUAACAAAAAAACAAAAAAUAAACUUUGAGCAAAACAAUAACAAAACAUAUACAUACAUAUAUUGGAAACGCAUUACAGGAACAUUUAUGUGCCACUCGAAUCUUCAACAAAAACGAAAUUUAAAAGGACUCUCUACUACCGGAAAGCAAAUGUUCGAUUUUUCCAUGUUACGACUUUCCUAUGGAUCAACUUCAGUAUUGUUAUCCAAACAUCAUUGGACGAAUAUAAAAACCUGUUUGACAUACAGAACUGCUUAAACUAAAUUAAAAUGACCACGACGUCACCGAAAUCGUCGUUAUCGAAACUCGGUUUACAUUCAAAACAAAAAUCCUUGAAAGUAAUGGUACUGGGUCAGAGUGGUGUUGGAAAAACCGCAUUGGUGGUGCGUUUUAUUACACGUCGAUUUAUUGGAGAAUAUGACAACACUGAGAAAAUGUAUACAUAUAAUACCAUGUUGGACAAUGAACUGGUACAAUUCGAUAUUUUAGACGCAGCAGGACAGCCUAGUAUCGAUAUAGACUGUAUAGCCUUGGAAUCAAAUAUACGUUGGGCUGAUGCCUUUAUUCUCAUCUAUUCCGUAACAGACAAGUGCAGUUUCGAUGAAUGCAAUCGUCUUAAGUUUUUAAUAAACUACAACAAAAGACGACGUAAAUUGGGUUCGAACAGUAAGGACACACUGUCAGACGUACCUGUUAUUUUAGUGGGCAACAAAAAUGAUCAAAAUGGUGCAGAUCGCAUGGUUACAUUGGAGGAAGGUCAGCGCAGAUUUCGUGAACUCACAUGCGCAUGUUUUCAUGAGAUUUCGGUUAGAGAAAGUGUGGAUCAGGUACAAUCGGUGUUUCGUGAUGUAUUUCGGUUUUGGCGCGUUUUUAGUAAAUUUCCGAAGCUGAAGCGUUCAACAAGUGAUGUACAAAACUCUACGGAUUUUACUUUAAGUCCAGAUGCCUGUUGUUCAUAUUAUGAUGCGGCUUCACUAGGAGCUGAAGCUCGACGCUCCUUCUUUGUUAUAAGUAACGCGUGUUUGGAUGAAAGAGAUCACACAGAAUCGAAUGACGCCAUCGGAUCUAAUAACUUGUGCAAUGAUAUAGUUGCAUCACCCUUUCGUAGUCGGGCGUCUACAGAUGGUACAUUAUUGUCCCGCCCGCGCCGUUGGCGUUACCCGCCUCCCGGCUGCUUAUUGCCACACACAAAUCGUGUGGAGAGACGUAUGAGUAUCUCGACUCGCGGUAGCAAUGCCAGUUACUAAUACAAGCUAAUGUACUGCAUUCUAUCGUAAAGAACAGAUAAUGGUGUACGCAUAAAUUUUGUAUCUUGCCGGGUUUUAACUUUUGUUUUAUUAACAUUUUACCCAAUAAAUCAGAGAAAUCUUAA